UGUAAUAGUUUGAGGACUUCCGAAUAUUAGCCUAAAUCUUAAUAACAUAACUCUAGCCCUAAACUGCUUCAACUUUGGGGGAACGCCUCCACCGUAUCCUAUAUAUAAUCCUUGGUUUUUUUUUUUUUUUUUGGUUAUUCAUAAUUAAAAAUUUCUUCUUUCUGUAAUAUUGUUUUCUUUAAUCUUUGAAUUUGAAUUUGUUUAUUUAAUAAACCGGGGCGGGCGUGUCCUCGCUUUGAAGGCUGCCAUGGAAGCAAUUGCGAGGAAAAAAGUGGAAGAAGGGUACGAUUGUUCGAUUUGUUUGGAAAAGUUUAAAGAGGAAGAAGAAGGAAGUGAGAUGCCAUGCAAGCAUGUGUUUCAUUUCGAUUGUGUUGAAAAGUGGCUGCGCAUCAAUCGGUCCUGCCCGGUUUGUCGGUUUGUGAUGCCGGGUGAGGAGGGUGAAAGCAGCGGCAGCGGUGAGGGCAGUAGUAAUUUGGGAAUAUUGGGAUCGGGAAAUCAGGAGAUUGUACAGUCGGUUGUAAGAGUAUCUAGCCUGGCUAAUUUGAUAGCAUUAGCAAUGACGGCUUCAGGUCUGAGGUCGGAACAAUGAUGAUGGUGAGGAGUGUUUAGCUGAAGCAAUACUUUCAGAGAUUUUGUGAACCCAAACUAAUCAAAAUUCUUGCCUUUUUUAUUUAGGAGACUUAAGUGUAGAGAGUAGAGUAGAUAAUUAUUAUGAUGAUGCUGAAGCAUACCCUUCUACAGGACUAGUAUUGAGUACCACAAUGAUCUUCCAUACUGGUAGUAGUCAAUAUUGAUUUCAGAUUUUAGGGUGUUUUGAUUUAUUGAAUAUAAGAUUUUUUUUUUAGGUUGAAAAAUAAAUUUAAAA